AAACUUCCAAUAGGCCAUUUAGCAAGUUCGACGGAAGUCGUGGAAUCUCCGUUCAAUUCAAUUUCUGUGUGUUUGAUUAUGGUUACAUAACGUUUAAACAUGCAGAUAGAAGGGAAGGAAAAUGAUACACCACUAAAUUCAGGAAUAAUUACGCUUUUCUGUCACAACAAAGAUGUUUUUUUUGUAACCAUUUUAUUGGCGUUGUAUCCGCAAUUUGCAAAAUGGCUGAGGCCGGCUCUUGGUGGGCGGGGUGUGGGAUGUGGUCGGCACGCAUCAAGCGUUGAAUUAGUUUGGUGAAAGGAUUUAACUAUGGAUUGAAUGUGGACAAAUAUUACAACUCUUUAAUUGUUGAAGAGUUGGAUGCUGCUUUCAGUGUAUGAUUUGAGAUGGAAAUGGACAAAAAUACUUUGGAAUACAAGUUUGCAAUUCUUGAAACUCCCAAUUCUGGACAGGUCACUUUUAUCAAGGAUGAACAUUCCAAUGAAAUCUUUCAUCCAACUACUUUGUUUCCUGCUGGUCUUCCACCUGUUUAUCCUUCCUUGUUGGAUGAAGUUCAAGCAAGGUUUCUUGAAGAUCCAGAGAGGCUCGACAUUCAUGAUUUUAGAAAAACACAAAGAAUCUGGGAUCCAGACGUUGAUAUUGAGUCACUCUACAGUAUGAAUGUAUGUCCUGUCAAUACAUCACUUCAGGUUGAAAGAAAUCCAACUUCUGGAGAAUUGCUUGGUUAUUUCGAAGAAAGAAUUGAUGCAUUAGAAAAUUCUGCAAACAUGACAUCAAAAAAUUCAUGGUCAAUGCUUAGGGCACCUGGACCUCCUUCGGAAGCUACAAGGGGUAGUUCAACGAAUUAUCCUUUUUGGCCAGGUGGAAUGGAAGAAGCCCUGUCAACGAUGAUGAGAGAGGGUCCUUCUGAAGUAGACUUCGAAGAAGACUUCUUGACUUGUCCACCAGGAUUUGAAAGUGGAGUAGAUUUCGGAAAACAUGGAGGUUCAACAACAGAUUCACAAACUUUGAAUAUUACUGAUCUGAUACAAGAUGUAGAUAAUCAUGGCUGGAUAUUGGAUGAUGUUGACACCAAUAACGAAAAAAUUGAAGAAAAACAAAAAGAUGAAAUUACCCUUGUGCGCAGUAAUUCUCUGGAAGAUAUAUUAAAAAAAGAUUCAAACGAUGAAAAUAAAAAGUUGGUUAGUCAUGAGGAAUCUACAGAAAAUACUUUGGCAAUGAUUUCUCCAGUUGAGGAAUGGGCUGUCAAUGUUGAUAUCAGUAAACCAGUCUCAGAAUGGUCUAAGAUUGCUUCAAACAUGGCUCACAAGUAUCCAUUUGAAUUAGACACAUUUCAGAAACAAGCUAUUGUUUACUUGGAAAAUCAUCAAAGUGUAUUUGUUGCUGCUCAUACAUCUGCUGGAAAAACUGUUGUUGCAGAAUACGCUAUUGCUCUUGCUAAGAAGCAUAUGACUAGAGUGGUCUAUACCUCUCCAAUAAAAGCUCUUUCUAAUCAGAAAUACAGAGAUUUCAAAACUACAUUUGACAAUGUAGGAUUGCUGACUGGUGAUGUACAACUUCAUCCAGAAGGAUUUUGUUUAAUUAUGACAACUGAGAUAUUGAGGUCUAUGUUGUACAACGGUUCUGAAGUUAUCAGAGACUUGGAAUGGGUUAUAUUUGAUGAAGUUCACUACAUUAAUGAUGCAGAGAGGGGUGUGGUUUGGGAAGAAGUUCUGAUUAUGCUGCCUGAACAUUGCAAUGUGAUUCUACUGAGUGCAACUGUGCCAAACACUUUGGAAUUUGCCAACUGGGUAGGCCGGACUAAAAAGAAAAAAAUCCAUGUUAUCAGUACAUUGAAGAGACCAGUACCCCUGGAACAUUUCUUGUAUACUGGAAACAGCAAUAAGACGAGCAAUGAAUUGUUUCUUUUACUGGAUCACAAUAGAAAUUUUCAAACCACUGGUUAUACAAAAGCAAUCGAUGCUAAGAAGGAAAGAACAAGCAAACAUCAGAAAUCAUUUGGGGCAAAAAGUGGAAAAGGAGCAACCCCUGGAUCAGACAAGGGUGUAUGGUUGUCGAUUGUUGAACGUCUACGGAAGAAAGAACAAUUACCAGUUGUUGCAUUCACUUUUUCUCGGAAAAGAUGCGACGACAAUGCAUCUAUGCUUACAUCGCUUGAUUUAACAUCUUCUGCAGAGAAAAGUGAAAUUCACAUAUUUUUUAAUAAAUGUGUACAGAAAUUAAAAGGUAGCGACAGGAAGCUACCUCAGGUUACUCAUAUGUCUGGAUUACUACAGCGUGGUAUAGGAGUUCAUCACAGUGGAAUUUUACCUAUUCUAAAAGAAGUUAUUGAGAUGCUUUUCACAAGGGGACUAGUUAAACUUUUAUUUGCAACUGAAACUUUUGCAAUGGGAGUGAAUAUGCCUGCUCGUACUGUUGUUUUUGAUAGUAUUAGGAAGCACGAUGGAACUUGUAUGAGAGAAUUGCAUGCUGGUGAGUAUAUUCAAAUGGCAGGCAGGGCUGGUAGACGCGGCAAAGACACAACAGGAACUGUUAUAAUAUUAUGCAAGGGUGAUGUACCCGAGAUAUCUGAUCUUCAUAAGAUGAUGUUGGGUCGUCCGACUAAGCUCGAAUCUCAAUUUCGUCUUACAUAUGGAAUGAUUCUCAACCUACUCAGAGUUGAGGAAUUAAGAGUGCAAGAUAUGAUGAAAAGAAGUUUUGCGGAAUUUCAUUCCAGAAAAGAUUCAAAGGAGCAAGAAAAAAGACUGAAAGAACUUAUUUCAAUCAUUAAAAGCAAGCAAGAGAUAGCUGAUGUUAUCAAGGAAACGGACUUUGGUGAAUAUUAUGACAGUUGUAUAGAAUUACUAGAACUCCGUGAGCGUCUACAAAAUGAAUUAUUUUUGUCUUCUGCUGGAUUGAAAAAUCUUCAACCAGGAAGAGUGCUUGUACUAGAUACUGAAAAAUAUAAGCAACAUUUGGCUGUUUCGUUGAAGAUUGAUACCUCGGGUAAAGACAAAAAGUUUUUGGUUCUUGUACUUUGUGAAAAAUCUGAAAUUGAAAAAGAAGAUACUGGCGAACAUAAAUUAUCACCACAAUCUAUUUUACGAAAAUCAUUGUUUCGACCGGAAAUUUCCGUAGGACAGGAAAUUGUGACAAUUUAUGCCGAAGAUAUCUCUUAUCUAACAACAUGUAAGCUUGAUAUCAAAGCUGAUAGAAUAAUUGAUGAUUAUACGAAGAGACAAAUACCUAGAUUUAGAGAUGAUCCACCAAGCCAAUCUACCAGUGUUGCCACUCAAGAACUUCUACGAUUAAUUGAAAACAAUCCUAACGGAUUGUCAUCACUCGAUCCAAGAAGAGAUUUUGAUAUAAAAAGACUUGAACUUGUGGAAGAUUUGAGCAGAAUCGAAUACUUGGAAAACAUGAUUCAAACUGGUUUUAGUUGUGUAGAUAGUGGAAGAUUCAACUCAAUUCUUUCUGAAGUAGAAGAAUAUAUGAAAGUUAAGAAAGAACUCGACAAUUUAAAAUAUCUGUUGUCAGAUGAAAGUCUUCAUUUAUUGCCCGAAUAUCAGGACAGAGUACAGGUUCUUAAGGAACUCCGAUACAUUGAUGAGAGAGAAGCUGUUCAAUUAAAAGGUCGAGUUGCGUGUGAAAUUUCAAGUCAUGAGCUCGUACUGACUGAACUUGUAUUUGAGAACGUUCUUUCCCCAUUGGAACCAGAAGAAAUUGUUGCACUGCUCUCAAGUGCUGUAUUCCAAAAAAAAAUGAACUCAUUUGAAAUUGUUGUACCUCCUUGUCUUGAAAAAGGGAUGAAUAAAAUAAUACAAAUUGCUACUGAAAUUGGAGAAGUUCAACGACAUUGUGGUAUUCGUCAACCUACAGAAGAUUUUGUUUCUGAACUUAAAUUUGGUUUAACAUUGGUCGUUUAUGAGUGGGCAAAAGGGACUUCAUUCCAAGAAAUUACAAACUUCACAGAAGUACAAGAAGGUGUUAUUGUGCGCACAAUUCAAAGACUGAAUGAAACAUGUAGAGAUAUUAGGAAUGCAGCUCGGGUUAUUGGCGAUCCAGGUUUAUAUCAAAAAAUGGAAAAAUGUUCAGAGUUGAUUAAGCGAGAUAUUGUAUUUGCUGCCAGUUUGUACACACAAUGAAUCUGAUGAUUUGAAAUGGAGUUGUCACAGCUACGAAAUGAUCAUGAUAUGAUGUAGUAUUGUGGUUUUUGUUGCAAUCCAGAGAAAUCAUUCUGUCAAAUUCUAUUUUUCCUUUCUAUGUAUAUUUAUUACCUUAUCUAGAAUAAUAGUAAAUAAAUAAAUACCAAAAUAG